AUGUUACACACCAGUUUUAAUAAUCCCGGUUCUAAUAAUCCCGGUCCUAAUAACAACAAUGAUCAAUCCGGCUUUAUAGAAUUAUUUGUUAAAAAAAUAUUGCUACAUUUAGAUGAAACAGAUCAAUCCAAAUUAAAUGAUUUCUAUUUAUUAUUCGAUCAUACUUCACCAAAUACAAAAAUAAUAUUUAACUCACAGCCCUUUGAUAAUAACCAUGUAAUUGAAUUUAUAAAAAUGUGGAAUACUUCAAUUGUCACCACACAACAUGUUUUAACAAGUUUGGAUUAUCAUAUUAUACCCGGUUUAGGAUUCAUAAUAUGUAACGUUAAUGGGAAAGUGAGGUUUGAUGAAAGUGGUAAUGAUAGAUUGGGUAACAACUCUGUAAUUACAACGGCACAACAACCCAUAAACAAUAGUCUUACAAGUACGACUACUGUUAAGAAAAGACCGUUAUGGGGCCCUUAUUUUGGUGUUUCUCUACAAAUAAUGUUACAAGAACGUAUAUUGAAUAAUGAUUUGAAUAACGUCAUAUCUGGUUUUAAUUAUAGUAUUGUUUAUCAACCAAAGGAUUCAUUGUUGGUGGAACAUUAA